AUGGGAAAAACAGCAGAGAAGUUGGACACAGAUUUUAUAAUUUCAACAGGUGAUAACUUUUACGAAGAUGGAUUGACAGAUGUACAUGAUGCAGCUUUUGAUGAGUCAUUUACCAAUAUUUACACUGCCCCAAGCUUGCAAAAACAGUGGUACGCAGUGUUGGGCAACCAUGACUAUAGAGGUAAUGCCUUAGCACAACUGAGUCCUGUCCUUACGAAGAGGGAUAGCAGAUGGCUUUGCAUGAGAUCUUUUAUUCUCAAUGCAGAAAUUGUAGAAUUUUUCUUCGUGGAUACAACUCCAUUCCGAGAUAAAUACUUUCAAGAAGACCAUACUUAUGACUGGCGGGGUGUGCUUCCCCGGAAGGAUUAUCUCUCAAAUCUCUUGACGGAUGUGGAUUCAGCAUUAAGGGAAUCAAUUGCCACGUGGAAAAUAGUGGUUGGGCACCAUACUAUGAGAAGUGCUGGAAUUCAUGGAGACACCAUUGAGCUUGUUGCCAAACUUCUCCCAAUACUUCAGGCUAACAAUGUUGAUCUUUACAUAAAUGGGCAUGACCAUUGCUUGGAACACAUCAGUAGUCUUGACAGUCCACUUCAGUUUCUGACUAGCGGUGGCGGAUCAAAAGCAUGGAGGGGCAAUGUUAAAGGGUGGAAUCCAAAGGAAAUGAAGUUUUAUUACGAUGGACAAGGCUUUAUGACAUUGCAAAUUACUCAAAACGAAGUUGGUGUCCAGUUCUAUGAUAUUGUUGGCAAUGUUUUGCACAAAUGGAGUGUGACAAAGUCGGUUUACGCAUCUAUUUAGAGAGCUUAAUUUACAUGGAGGGGCUCUAAGUGGCAGUUCAUCGCGAUGAUCUUAGUUAUAUAUGUUGUCAAAUAUGAAGAUUGGUAAUGGGGAAUAUGUAACCGAACCAUAUUGUUAUUUUUAAUUAUUUGUUGAUAAGUUUGUUUUAUUGAAAGUAAGCAAAAAUUUGAAUUA